AUGGCGCAAGUAUACGAUCAAUCCCGGAACGAUGCCCUCCAACGAUUAAACCAAACCCUCCUACAAAUCGACCCAUACAUUCUCCCACCAUAUCCUAAUCUCUCGAUCGUUUCUGGACCGCUCGAUCCUCCCCUCCUGCAGUUGACGCUUUCGCAACUCCUUUCCAAACAGGUCAAACGCUAUGAAAAUAACGAGGCUGUCGUAAUACCAUGGACGGGCGCGCGGUGGACAUAUAAGAUGUUAUGGGACGAGUCAAGCUUGCUUGCGCGAGCAUUGUUAAAAUAUGGUGUGCGUCCAAGAGAUAGGAUCGGAAUUAUGAGCGGGAACUGUGAGAAGUACAUCGCAGUUUUCUUUGCAUGCGCACGAGUUGGAGCGAUAUGCGUCACGCUCAACAACACAUACACACCAACAGAGAUGGAGUAUGCACUGAAGCACACAAGAUGUAGCGUACUCUUUACCACACCAAUGAUUGCACGCUUCGAUAACCGACCGCUUCUCGAACGACUGAAAGACGAAGAACUACACUCAGUACUGCCAGAUCUAAAGACUGUGUGCCUCAUUCGUGGCGACGACGACAGCUUUAUCAAGUAUGAUGAGCUCCUCCGAGAAGCGGAGAAUAUACCAGAGCACAUCUUGGAGAUCUUCGACGGCAUCGUUAGUCCUCAUGACGUCGCCAACCUCCAGUUCACAAGUGGCAGCACAGGAAACCCCAAAGCUGCCAUGUUGACACAUUACAACCUCAUCAAUAACUCGCGCUUCAUUGGUGAUCGCAUGGACUUCACAGAGAACGACGUCCUCUGCUGUCCACCUCCUCUAUUCCACUGCUUUGGCCUAACACUUGGUUUGCUCGCGACUCUGACACACGGUGGUAAGAUCGUCUUCCCGGAAGAGUCGUUCGACCCAGUCGCAUGCUCGAAGGCCAUCUCUGAUGAGCGUUGCACUGCGCUCCACGGAGUUCCGGCUAUGAUGGAGUCCAUCAUUGAUGUCCCGAAGCCUGAAGGCUGGUCCUCAGAACUUCGCACCGGUAUUGUUGCAGGAAGUCCCGUGCCUCGCUGGCUCAUGGAGCGUAUGGUCAACGAACUUGGCAUGUCAGACUUCACAUCGAGCUAUGGCUUGACUGAAGCUUCACCCACCGUGUUCAACGCGCAUACGACCGACUCGUUACACGCACGUUUAACCAGUGUCGGCACUGUGCUCCCGCACGCUCGAGUCAAGAUCGCAGAUCAGCAGGACAGAGUUGUGCCCAUUGGUGUUCGCGGUGAGCUUUGCAUCUCAGGCUAUCAGCUUUGCAAGGGAUACUGGGAGAACCCCGAGAAGACAGCCGAGUUGCUCGUCAGGGAUGAGCAUGGCGAGCUGUGGCUGCACACUGGCGACGAAGCAGUACUGGAUGUAGAUGGGUAUUGUACCAUCACAGGCCGAUUCAAGGACAUUAUCAUCCGAGGUGGUGAGAACAUCUACCCUCUCGAGAUUGAAGAGCGUCUCGUGCAGCAUCCAUCCAUUACCCGUGCCAUUGUUGUCGGCGUUUCACACGCACGUUACGUUGAGGUACCUACUGCUUUUCUCCUUCGUGAGGAAGGGACCGAGAAGCCAAGUCUGGAUGAAGUUCAGGCUUGGGUAAGACAAGUACUAGGCAGGCACAAAGCACCUGUUCAUGUGUUCUGGCUUGGCGAGGACUGCGAUGGAGAGGUGCCUUUGACGGGCAGCGGAAAGAUCAAGAAGUUCGUCUUGAGAGAUGUCGCAGAGGGAAUUUUGGCCCAUAAAUGA